AUGGAUCGACUGGUAAUUGAAAAUUCUUUGGAAUACUGGCCUCCGCUUAACAGCGGAUUGACCACUGUGGAUGAAGCUUCCCGCAUAGCAUUGGAUGGUACUGUGUACACCAAGGUGCCAAACCAGUUGGGGGCUCAUGGUAGCCAUGGCAUUAUGAUUAUGGUCAAGGCAGUUGGCCGGGACUCAGUGACCCUCUGUGCCAAGGAAUUAAUAUUACGGGACGACUCUGCCUCAUUCAGCAUUGUCAAACACCAGAACGAAAAGAUUCGUAAGGAGUUUGAGUCCUACAAGCGAUUUGCCCAUCCACACCUCGCCGCUGCCAUCGACAUUGCCUACAUGCAGGAUGGUUCUGCGCUGCCUUGGCUGAUCCUCGAGCACAUCCCCUUUGGUCUAGCAGACUAUCUUACUCGACACCCACACGAAAGGCCAUGGCCGGAAGGACCACUUCCAACACUUGAUCCAGUGGAUAUUAUCCUGCAGCUAUUCAGCUUUGCUGCCUUUCUCCAUCAACAGGGCACUCCUGGAUUCGCAGCUCCGGAAAUCUUAAGCAAGCAGCCACAAGAUGAGAAGGUUGACAUAUUCUCUCUUGGCAUGAUCGCCUUUUACCUUCUCACAGGCCUCUACCCCGAGCGCCCCAAGAAACCUUUUUCGCCACAGUCUCAAGUUCAAUUUAUGUGUGAGAGUGUUCUUCCAUACUUCGGCAAAGUUGAGGACAGGUUCACAACACUACUUGGCGGGUUGCUUGCGUACGAUGCAAAGGACCGGUGGAGCGCGCAGCAGGUGAUCAAAUACUUCUGGCGCUUGAGUAAUGGGUCUAACCCGGACUACCACCGAAAGCGAACCGCAAGCCCUAUGGUCUUCCCUGAGAACAAGAAGCGCAGGAUGAGCGAGGACGCAUCUACUAUUCGGGGCCCGCCGGCAGCAUCCGAGUACCCACCAUCCUCUACAUCAUUUGAAACCGCUCAGGACUUGACUCAGCAAUUGCAGGCAGACUGGGGGGUGGAUUGGUUCCAGGGGGGUCAGAAGGGCCACGCAAUGCUGAUGAUCUUCAUCAGCCUGGAACAAAGGGCCAAAACAAGGGCUUUGAUGGCAGGCCAUCAUCUCCAGCACUCAGUGCGGAACGUGCCCUAA